AUGGGCGAGACGAAUAAUUUAGGAGAGGUAGAAAUGCAUGCAUGGGAUGCAGGGGUUAUGGUGGUUUCCCAGGUCUUAUUCUUUGUAUGCGGAUGGUUAUUCUUUAUGAAGCAGCUUUUCAAGAAUUAUGAAGUCCGUAAUAGAGUUGUCCAGCUUGUUUUCUCUAUAACCUUCGCAUUAUCUUGUACAAUGUUUGAGCUUAUUAUUUUCGAAAUCAUGGACGUGAUGGAUUUAGAAUCCCGUUUCGCCUCAUGGAGAUUAUGCCUUUCUGCGAUUCUCAUCACUUUGAUUGUUGCCCUUCCCCUCUAUAUGGCCUAUACUCUCUUGAAGAGCAUAUCCUUCAUAAGGCAGCAGCUUCUCACACCGUUAACGAUUUUCCUGUGGAUUGUUUUUAUCUACUUUUUCUGGAAAAUCGGUGAUCCCUUCCCUAUCCUGAGUGCCAAACAUGGAAUUUUCACCAUUGAGCAAGCAAUAUCCCGAAUUGGUGUGAUUGGCGUCACAGUGAUGGCAGUCCUGUCCGGAUUUGGUGCGGUGAAUGCGCCUUACGUCUACAUGACAGUAUUUAUGAGGAAGGUUGACCAGCAUGCGAUCUCUCAAAUGGAAAGGAAGUUAAUGCAAACCAUGGAGAAUGAUCGUCAUCAAAAAGCGGAAGGAAAGGAUGAAAACACGGGUCUCUUGCAUAGAAUAUGGGGAACAGUAGCAAGUGCUGCAUCUGGUGGCACCUUGAGUGAUCAAAUAAGGCAGCUCAACGCUGAAAUUGUUCCACUUAACGAACUUAGUCGAUAUCUAUUCCUCGAGGUUGUUGAGCUACGAAAUAUGAAGGAACGCAUUGAAUAUAGUAAAACGUGGAUGGGGAAAUAUUUCAAUGUGUUGGGCCACUUUUUCUCAGUCUACUGCAUAUGGAAGAUAUUUAUCUGUACAGUGAACAUUGUGUUUGACCGUGUCGGAAAGGUGGAUCCUGUGACGAAAGGGAUCGAAAUUGGUGUGAAUUGGAUGGGAAUCGAUCUUGACGUACGGUUCUGGUCGCAGCAUAUCUCUUUCCUUCUAGUUGGCGUUAUAGCAGUCACGUCAAUAAGAGGAUUGUUAAUCACACUGACGAAAUUCUUUUUGGCGAUUUCCAGUUCGAGGUCAUCGAACAUCAUUGUUUUAUUAUUGGCUCAAAUCAUGGGUAUGUACUUCGUUUCAAGCGUGUUGUUGAUGCGGAUGAAUAUGCCUCAUCAGUACAGGAAAAUCAUAACGGAAGUGUUGGGCGAUCUCCAAUUCAACUUUUAUCAUCGAUGGUUCGAUGUGAUAUUUUUGAUCUCUGCUUUGUCAAGCAUAGUGUUUUUGUAUUUAGCUCAUAAACAGGUCCCUGUUCACUGA